GAACUUCGGCAGGUCGUCUCGACCACGUGGACAUGCCACUGGAUUUGGCUGACUUUUAAUUUGUACCCAGGGAUCCCCCACAUAACAACCCAGCCACGGCCCUAUCACGUGGUAAUAAAAACGCUCUUCUGUGGGUGCUUUUUGCAAAACAAAUAACAAAUUAAUCGACAUACAAUAACGCGGGCGCGAUAAGUCACUGAGAACGGGAGAGUGGGGGAAGUUCCGAGCAAGCCGUGAACUCCUCAGCAGUAGUUGACUGGUCGGGAUGGAGCUGCGGCGCUGCUGCUGUUGUUUUCUCUCCGACGCACGUUCAUAUUAACUGUCAACCGACGGGAGCAGCUCGGGACCCUCUGCGCGGAGAACCACCGUGAAUGGACUACCACAGAGAGAGCCGGGGCUCGCCUUUAUCCCUCCGCCGAAGAGAAGACAAGAAAACAUCAAAUAAAACAGCUGCGGCAUCUGUCAACCUUUGCCGUCUAGGAAAACGCGCGGGUGCAGUAAGAAAAACGGCGCGCGCUCACUGAUUAGUAUGUAGACAAGUCGCUAAUUAACUGGUAAUUACACAAGUAGUAUUUAAACCCGCCUGUGCGCCUCGCGUGUCUGCCAGGAGUCUAAAAUUAGACCGAGGCAGAGCCGCCGGAGGACGCGGUAGUAUUUAUUUAGUAGUUGUUGUUUUUUUUUUUUUCGUUUUUCAUUAACGCACCUUGGAUUCCUGCCGUUACCACAAAGCAAGUGUGGAGCCGAGGACGAGGUCAAAACAAUUCAAGUCAGACCUGAUUAGGAGAGAGAGAUGACCCUUGUUUUGUCCAUGAAUCCUUUCCUGGACCCAGAGGGAGACCCUCCGCUCUCCACCUACCAGCCCAUAUGGGAGUCGGAGCGCUGCACCAAGACCUGCCUGUCAAACCCCGCACCGCCAUGCAGCUCCGAAGAACAAUUCACUCCAGAGUCGUCCUGCAGACGAGUUCCUGAUCAUAUUUCAAUGUCGAGGAUCGCGUACUUCAAGAGGAAGUUUGUUGAUGAUGAUGAUGAGGCACCCUUUAGCUUCAGGACAUACUGCCAGACUGUUGCACCGGUUCUGGAGGAGCGUGCCCACGUGCUGCGCCUCUCCCUGGAGAAGAUGCGAUUCAUCGAUGACCCCGAGGCAUUCCUCCGCCGCUCCGUUCUUGUUAACAACCUCCUUCGCCGUCUGCGAGCAGAGAUCCUGCUCCAGAGCACUGACUGGUGCUUUCCGCCCAACCCAGCGUUCGCCUCUGGCCCCUGCAUCCUGCCUCCCAGCACUAACCCCGCUCACCAGGCACUCCACAGAGCAGUGCCCGCGCGGAUCUGCUUAGCGCCCCAAGCCGGACCGCCCUUGCGCAAACGUUUCCGAAUGGUCCGUGGAGGACAAGGGGAUCUCCGCCCUGACUGUGCCCAGACAUGCUGCUGCAUCUACGCGGCAGCGGCAGCCGCGGGACACUACCUCCACCUCCCAUUCUCCAUGUAUGAUGCAGCGCUCUCUACCUCCUCGUCCGCACCGCACUCCUCCUCGUUUUUUCAGCUGGCCAGCCAUAGUAAGUUAGGGCUGGCAGUGGCCGUGGAUGAUCGUGAUGAUGAGGAUGACGAUGUUGAGGAAGAGGAGGAAAAUGAAGAGGAGGAAGAAGAGCGGGAGGAAGAGGAGGAGGAGGAGGAAGACGAUGACGAAAGAAGACAAGCGGGGCCUUCGGUCGAUGUUGUUAGCAACAAAUCAAGCCAGAAAAGUAGGACUAGGACCCUGCUGGGUGAUGCACACGGGAGGACAGAGGACAGCUGCAUGACAGAUAGGGUGGAAGAAGAGGAGGGAGAGCAGGAGGAAGAAGAGGAGGAGGAGGAGGAGGAGGAAGAAGGCGUGAGACAGUGCCAGUGGGACUGUACUGCAACAGAAAGAGGGCCACACAAGCUUAGCUUUUGGCAUCGGAGGGCUCACAGACAAUAACUAACUAGCAUUCUAAGUCUGCUAAAAAUGUAAUGAUGACGACAACUGUCAUCGGUUGAAGAUUUUUUUUGUCCUCAUAACAGAUUAAGGUGGAAGCUACCUACACUAUAGAAAUGCCAAGUCAGCUUUAUUUUCAUGGGUUAUUAUACUUCAGGGUACACAGACACAGCUGUCAUUAGCAUUAGUGAGAUAAAGAAAAACAGCCUCUUCUCGGCCACUGUUGGCACUGCACACAUUUCUCAAACAAUUAUAAAGACCAAGGUCACAUAUGGCGGGGUCUUAGGUCCCCAAAGUGAAGUGAAACUUGCUAUUGCACUGUCUCCAAGACCAUUUUCAAGCCCCACAGCACAAAGGAAAAGGUCUCAAAUGGGGCUUUUCUAUUGGUGCGGCGGUCUCGUUUCAGGACCCUAAACAAGCCUAUCAAAUAAUAGGUUGUGGAUCUGGGAGUGUGUGUUUGCUUCUGUGUGUGUGUUUGCAACAUAAUAUGUAGCAUUUAAAAAAAAAACUUGAUUCUGAGCUGUUGUUUUUAUUAAUAAAUCGGGGUGGUGGGGGGGGGUCACACAUGAUUAUGCGUGACUGCUGAUUUUGACGCUGACUCAGGCUAUGGCGUGCGACUGUGCUGCGGCGGUGGCACGAUAUCGUUUAUUCUUCAGAUUACUUUAAAACAACACAAUCAUGAACAUUGUUAAAUCACAUUUUCAAAGUGCCUUAGUGUUUUUAUAGAUUCAUGUAUAUGGCGUGUUUAUGUAAUUGUUCUUGUUUUUACGUAGCUAUCUUGCAUUCCAAGCGACUGCGUUUGACUAAAACAGGACACGGGCAUGUAGUUAAAUGCAGGGAUGUUAAAAAAAAUGUUCAACUAAAUUUAGACACCCGAAAAGUGUUUCUGUUUUUUUUGUACUUUGGAAUGCAUGUUUUCUAGCACCUCCUCUUCUGACAAAGCACAAAAGUUCUGCAAACUUUGAAGGAGCGAUGUUUAAGCCUUUAAAUGCUAAAUGUUUAAGACCUCAUUUAUACUCAUCAUAUCCGACCAGAGAAGGUUUGUUGUUGGUUUACCAAAAAUCACAUGAAUCUAAAAAACAUAAAACUGGAUCACACACUCUGAAUUUAAAGAUUUUGUUGUUAGCAUGAUAAUUAGAUUCUGUAAAUAUAUAUAGAGCAAUGUUGGUUUUGUUUUGUUUUGUUUUAAAAAGAUUGCUGGUUGGUGGAUUUGUUACCUUUGCACAGGUCCAGUCCUCCCAUGUACGGUGUUUAUGGUCAGCUGUAUGACACGCUAACUAUUAACACCUUCUGAUUUAAUCUCUUGAAAAUAAAACAAUAAGUAUUUUCCAAAAUGAUGAACUGUGACUAUGACUGAACUCUGAAAGUAUGCCCACCCUCUCGAGAGUCACGUCUGUGGAUGUGCCCUCGAGUUUUCUUGCGUCUUUGUGCUUGAUUUCUGAUGCACAAUGUACUCGAAGCACAUUGAUUGGAGAGAAAUAUGUCAGGCCAAUGUGAAAUACAUACACUUUAUCCAAAACUAAGGACAGGCACUGCACCAAACCAGCUCUCACACUUAGGAGACUAAUCGUGGGUGUCUUGUUUGUUGCUGUGUCUCGUUUGGGAAUUCUGAGGAUCAGAAACUGAAGCCAAAGCUGUUAAAAAAAUGGACAUAAAAUAUCCAGUUGUUGUAAUUUUCUUUUUCCCAUGAUAAUGACCUUAAGGCCCAAAGGAUUUGGAUAGAUACACUUGCAUUGUUAGGUGGAGUCACCCACAUUGAACCGGAAAAAAAGGAAUUUAAAACACCGAAACCCAUUCACUAUCAGCGGUAAUCUUAAAAAUGGAAGACGGAGCAAUGUUUGUGUGUGAAUCGAGAACAUGUAACUGCAUUGUCUUAUUAAAAAUAACAAAAGAGCAAGCCUGCUCUGGUAAUUUUGUGUGAUGUUCUGUGACAAGUGUAAAGAUCAGUAAAAGAAAUGUUGAAAAAACA